GGGUGUUCGCGGUCGGCCGCUACCAGGUCACCCUGGAGGAGUCGCUGGCCGAAGGUGGAUUCUCCACAGUUUUCCUGGUGCGGACUCAUGGUGGAAUCCGCCAUGCUUUGAAACGAAUGUAUGUCAAUAACUUGGCAGACCUCAACAUUUGUAAAAGGGAAAUUACAAUUAUGAAAGAGCUGUCUGGCCACAAAAAUAUUGUGGGUUAUUUGGACUGUGCUGUUAAUUCAGUUAUUGAUAAUGUAUGGGAAGUGCUUAUCUUAAUGGAAUAUUGUCGAGCUGGGCAGGUAGUGAAUCAGAUGAAUAAGAAGCUGCAGACAGGUUUUACGGAAUCAGAAGUGUUACAGAUAUUCUGUGAUACCUGUGAAGCUGUUGCAAGGUUGCAUCAGUGUAAGACUCCAAUAAUUCACCGCGAUCUGAAGGUAGAAAAUAUUUUGUUGAAUGAUGGUGGAAACUAUGUACUUUGUGACUUUGGCAGUGCCACUAAUAAAUUUCUUAAUCCUCAAAAAGAUGGAGUUAAUGUAGUAGAAGAAGAAAUUAAAAAGUAUACAACUCUGUCAUACAGAGCCCCUGAAAUGAUCAACCUUUAUGGAGGGAAAUCCAUCACCACCAAGGCUGAUAUCUGGGCACUGGGAUGUUUACUGUAUAAACUUUGUUUCUUCACUCUUCCUUUUGGUGAGAGUCAGGUUGCUAUCUGUGAUGGCAACUUCACCAUCCCAGACAAUUCUCGUUACUCCCAUAACAUACAUUGCUUAAUAAGGUUCAUGCUUGAACCAGAUCCAGAGCGUAGACCUGAUAUAUUUCAAGUGUCCUAUUUUGCAUUUAAAUUUGCCAAAAAGGAUUGUCCAGUCUCCAAUAUCAAUAAUUCUUCUAUUCCUUCAGCUCUUCCUGAACCGAUGACUGCUAGUGAAGCAGCUUCUAGGAAAAGCCAAAUAAAAGCCAGAAUAACUGAUACCAUUGGACCAACAGAAACCUCAAUUGCACCAAGACAAAGACCAAAAGCCAACUCUACUACUACCACUCCCAGUGUGCUGACCAUUCAAAGUUCAGCAACACCAGUUAAAGUCCCUGCUCCUGGUGAAUUUGGUAACCACAGGCCAAAAGGAGCACUUAGACCUGGAAGCGGCCCUGAGAUUUUGUUAGGCCAGGGGCCCCUUCAUCAGCCUCCACAGCAGCACAGAGUUCUUCAGCAGCUACAGCAGGGAGACUGGAGAUUGCAGCAACUUCAUUUACAGCAUCGCCAUCCUCACCAGCAGCAACAGCAGCAUCAGGAUGUUUAUAUGCAGCAGUAUCAACAUGCAAUGCAGCAGCAACAAAUACUUCAGCAACAGUUUUUAAUGCAUUCGGUAUAUCAGCCACAACCUUCUGCAUCACAGUAUCCUACAAUGAUGCAGCAGUAUCAGCAGGCUUUCUUGCAACAGCAAAUGCUAGCUCAACAUCAGCAGUCUCCACAACAGGCACCAUCCGAAUAUCUUACAUCCCCUCAAGAGUUUUCACCUGCUUUGGUUUCCUACACUUCUUCACUUCCGGCUCAGGUUGGAACCGUAAUGGACUCCUCUUAUAGUGCCAAUAGGUCAGUUGCUGAUAAAGAGGCAGUUGCAAAUAUUACACAUCAGAAGAACAUCAGUAACCCACCUGAUAUGUCAGGGUGGAAUCCUUUUGGAGAGGAUAAUUUCUCUAAGUUAACAGAAGAAGAACUGUUGGACAGAGAAUUUGACCUUCUAAGAUCAAACAGGCUCGAGGAGAGAGCAUCCUCAGAUAAGAAUGUAGACCCACUUUCUGCUCCACAUAACCAUCCUCCAGAAGAUCCUUUUGGUUCUGUUCCUUUCAUUUCUCACUCAGGUUCUCCUGAAAAGAAAAUCGAACAUUCAUCCAUGAAUCAAGAAAAUAGCUCUGCAAACCCUAUCAAGAGUAGAAAGGCAAGUCCAGUAUCUAAAGACCACCGGCCUGGAAAGAAAACCUCAGAGAAUUCAUCAGUACACGGUCAAGUGCAAAAGGGGCAUGAUGAAUCUGAAAGUGAUUUUGAAUCAGAUCCUCCUUCUCCUAAGAGCAGUGAAGAGGAAGAGCAAGAGGAUGAAGAAGUUCUUCAGGGAGAACAAGGAGAUUUCAAUGAUGAUGACACCGAACCAGAAAAUCUGGGUCAUAGGCCACUCCUUAUGGAUUCUGAAGAUGAGGAAGAAGAAGAGAAACCCAGCUCUGAUUCUGAUUACGAACAGGCCAAAGCACAGUACAGCGACACGAGCCCUGCCUGCAGAGACAGAUCUGGCAGUGGGCCAAUGCAAGACCCCAAGGUAACACUCCUCAGCCCAACCCAGGUACCUCCUGAUGCUGGGGUGGGGACCCCCAGACAGGAGUUUGAUGUGUUUGGCGCUGUCCCCUUCUUUGCAGUACAUGCUCAACAGCCCCAACAAGGAGAGAGUGAAAAGAACCUCUCUCAACAGACCCAUUUUCCUGCUGUGGGACUAGAGCAAGAGGAAUUUGAUGUAUUCACAAAGGCGCCCUUUAGCAAGAAGGUGAACGUACAAGACGGCCAUACAAUGGGGCCUGAGGCACAGACUCUGCCCGGUUGUCCUAAACGUGUAGAUAUGUUUGGCUCCACUCCAUUUCAGCCGUUUCCCACAUCUGCAAGUAAAGCUGACAGCCACGAGGACCUUUUUGGGCUUGUGCCCUUUGAGGAAAUAACUGGGAGUCAGCAGCAAAAAGUCAAACAGCGUAGCUUACAGAAACUGUCGUCUCGCCAAAGGCGCACAAAGCAGGAUAUGUCCAAAAGUAACGGGAAGCGGCACCAUGGCACGCCGAUCAGCACGAAGAAGACUGCGAAGCCUACCUACCGUACCCCAGAGAGGGCCCGCAGGCACAAAAAGGUGGGCCGCCGAGACUCCCAGAGCAGCAAUGAAUUUUUAACCAUCUCAGACUCCAAGGAGAACAUUAGCGUUGCGCUGACUGAUGGGAAAGACAGAGGGAAUGUCUUGCCUCCUGAAGAGAGUCUGUUGGACCCCUUUGGGGCCAAGCCCUUCCACCCACCAGACCUGCCGUGGCAUGCUUCACAUCAGGGCCUGAGUGAUAUCCGUGCGGAUCACAAUCCUGUGCUGCCUGGACGGCCAAGACCGAGUUCGCUCCAUGGGUCUUUUCAUAGUGGAGACACGUUGAAAAUGGAUGACUUUGGUGCCGUGCCCUUUACAGAACUCGUGGUGCGGAGCAUCACUUCACAUCAGCCCCAGCAAUCCCAGCCAGUCGAAUUAGACCCAUUUGGUGCUGCUCCAUUUCCUUCUAAACAGUAGAUACUUCUGACAGACUCUUGGCAUUAACCCCUGUUUCA